AUGGUAACCAAGUGCAUAUUUGGGGGGAUAUAUAAUUGGUUGUCGGAUAACUCAAAUUCAAAGGUGGAGUCUUACCCUUUCCCCCUCAAGGAGAAUUCUAUAGUAUCAAAUCUCAUUGAUCCCUCCACCCUUCGUUGGAAUGAAGAUACAAUCAAAAGCAUGUUCAACCACAGAGAUGUUGAUCUUAUUAUGAUGAUCUCAUUACCUAGUCAUUAUGUUCUUGAUAAGAUCACUUGGGAUUCGGAGGAAGAUGGACUCUCAGUCAAGAGUUGUUACAGCCUACAAGACUCAGUGAGGAGCAUAGUGAUUAAAGCACGGAUGUAUUACUCAUAUUCGAAGGAAGCUACAGCCGAAGACAUUGUACCAGCUGCAUUGAACAAUAUAAACACAAAAUUCAUAGUUUUAGACAAAGGAAGAGUAGAUGCACAACAAAAGACAUGCUUGGCAUUAGUGGCUGAUGAGACUGCAGCUGUUCAUUUUCAGAUGUGGGGUGAUGAGUGUGAUCAAUUUGAGCCUGGUGAUAUUAUUACUCUGUCAAGUGGCAUAUUCUCUUACAACCGCAAUGCUCUUGUAUUGAGGGCUGGCAAGAGAGGUAAGGCGGAAAAGGUGGGAGAGUUUACCAUGGCCUUUCUGGAGACACCAAACAUGAGUGAGAUUCGUUGGGUCCCUGAUCCCAAUAACUCCAAGAUAUAUGUGCAAGAUGCUGUUAUUUCUCCCUAUUCACGAAUUUUCCCACCUACACGUUGA